AUGCCGAACCGCUUUCUUAUCUGGGGCGAAACAGGCUGGGUAGCCGGCCACCUGAAAGCCCUUCUCGAGAACCAAGGCAAAGAUGUACACACAACGGGCGUUCGUAUGGAAAACGUGUCGCAAGUGGCAGAAGAACUCAGAAGAAUUCAACCAACACACGUCCUGAACGCUGCUGGCUGCACAGGUCGACCCAAUGUCGACUGGUGCGAAGACAACAAGGCACAGACGGUCCGGUCUAACGUUAUCGGCACACUGACUCUAGCCGACCAGUGCUACCAACUUGGCAUCCAUUGUACUGUCUUUGCAACAGGCUGUAUUUAUCAGUACGAUGAGCAGCAUCCCAUUGGCGGUGCUGGGUUUACAGAGGAAGAUGCGCCAAAUUUCACUGGGAGCUUUUAUUCCAUGACAAAAGGCCAUGUUGAGCCAAUCUUAUCAAGCUACGAUAACGUGCUCAUUCUCCGCCUGCGCAUGCCUGUCAGUGACGAUUUACAUCCAAGAAACUUUGUCACCAAGAUUUUAAACUACGACCACGUUGUCAACGUGCCAAACAGCAACACCAUUCUUCACGACCUGCUCCCUAUUUCCAUCUCACUGGCAGAACAUCGAGACACUGGAGUAUUCAAUUUCACCAACCCAGGAGCUAUCUCUCACAACCAAGUAUUAACGCUUUUUCGAGACAUUAUUCGGCCGAGUUUGACAUGGCGCAACUUCUCACUUGAGGAGCAGUCGCAUGUUAUAAAAGCUGGAAGAAGUAACUGCAUGCUUGACACGAGUAAGCUUGAGGCUCAAGCUCAAGAGUAUGGGUUUAUUAUACCAGACGUGCAUAAAGCGUAUAGGUUGUGUUUUGAGCGCAUGAAGGCUGCGGGAGUUAAAUGA